CCUGAGGAAUCAAAGAGCCGUGAGGAAUAUUUUGAACGUUCCUCUUUGUUUCUUCUGCUAUUGGGUGCUAAAGAUAAGGCUGAUAAUAUUAAUGAAAUUGAAACGGCAUGUCAACCAAGUGUAUGGGGUUGGGAGUCACUCAAACAGUUCUUAAUAAAGGUCAUCAGAAAAGUGAAAAAAAUCCCACUACUAGAGAAUUAUUGGCCAUUAUUCAAAACCUAUCAUCUGACCUUGAUCAAUUGAAAAAGGAAAGGGGAAAAGAUAUCUCAAGAAGUCAACAUGAUAUGCAUAUCAUAGUGACAAAGAUAGUACUAACAUUAAUGUUUUGAAGAAUAUUCCCGAGGGUAUAUCACCUUGUUCAUUGUACUUGAUGUCUCCUACUUAUCGCAUAGUCGUUAAGGGAAUGGUACACAACAUCUUGGGAGAUAAACUUCACCAUAAGCCACUCCCUGAUGGCUAUUUAAAAGUAUCAAUUGAUGUUGCUUUAGAUCAGGAUGCAGAGUUGCUCAUACCUGAUGAUGUUGCUGAUAUAAGGUUGGUUAGAGAUGCAAUAGGAACAUAUGUGGCAUGGCAAAGAAACCUCAUUUCCCUUAAUCUUGAGAUUUCUGCAACAUAUAAAGGCAAUGGUAAUGAUGGGAUUAGGAGGGGUGACGAGUCGGUCACUUCAAAAAAACAGAUUCAAACACAAAAAUUGCAUGAAGGCACUAAAAUCAUCAAGGAUAAACCAAGAAAUAUGUCUCAUGCACAAAAGUUGAAAGAAGUCAAUAAUAAGGGUAGACAUAGCAAUAUUCCAAUCACAAAACAAAGACAAGAUAUUGCAAAAACCAAACAUCAAAAACCUAACUCUACAAAGUGUCGUCCAUCAUGGGUGUUAGCUCUUAAAUCAUUGGUGGAAGUGCAAAUGGAAAACUCAGAUACGCGUCAGAUAACUAUGGAGGAAGGUAUUUUUGGUGAAGAACAGUAUAAUGAAGAAAUUACCAAAGAACAAAUGUAUGAGUUUUUCAACAAUACAGAAAUAGGUGUCUCUGUUGUCUGCGUAUAUAUCAGGUACUUGUAUGAGAAGUUUGUGCGCGACACUGAUGUCCCAAGGAAAUUCUCCUUCUUAUCCCCCCAUCGAAUAUCCUUGGUGUUAAUUGAAGCAGAACAAGAAUUUGUCAAAGCAUACAUGGUUAAGGAAUUCUUGAAAUAUAAAGAUGAGCACAAGUUAUUUAUUCUACCAUUUUAUAUACAUAAGCCUAUUGGACAUUGGGUGUUAUUUGUCAUCAAUCCCAUAUCGGAAAUCAUAUAUUAUAUAGAUCCAUUACUCAAUGACUAUAUGAAUUACCCAAAAAUGAAGAGUAUGUUUGACACAGUUCUAAAGGUAUUUCGCGCUGCAAGGAACGCUCAAGUAUCAAAGAAUAAAUUUAACAACAUACAAUGGGUCCGAGUACAGUGUCCUCGCCAAGAAAAUGGUAUAGAUUGCGGGUACUUUGUGAUGAGGUUUAUGAAAGAGAUUCUCAUUUCGAAACUAAAUGAGAUUCCAAAGCUGUACAUUGAGGAUUUCAAGUGUGCGACAUACUCAAAUGAUAAACUAAGAGAAAUCCAAGAAGAAUGGUGUCAGUUCAUGAUGAGCCUUUUGUUUAUAUGAUAUUUUUAUGAUAAGGGUGGUGGAGAAUGAACAAAAUUUGGAAAUUUUGCCUACUUUUUGUGAAUAUAAAUUUUGAGACGACCAAGAAGAUAGAUGAAGACAUGCUACCAUAGAAGAUUUUGAUCUUAUAUUAACUAAUUAAUUAGUUGUAACUUUCAGAUAUCCAUGUUACCAUAUUAGUGGCUAUACAUUUCUGACAUUUAUGCUAUA